UACUUUCUUCUCAGAAUCAAAACAUUAUGGCUGUCACCACCUUCACUGAGGAAAACACUUCUUCCCUUCCCCCAAAAAGAAUAUUCAAGGCUUCCAUUGUUGAUUCUCAUAACUUGAUCCCGAAGUUGAUGCCACAAGCUAUUAAAAGCAUUGAAGUUCAAGGUGAUGGAGGUGCUGGAAGCAUCAAGACCAUCAAUUUUCCUGACGGUGGAAAUUUUAAGUCCAUAAAGUAUCGUGUUGAUGAGCUUAACGAGGAGACAUACACAUAUAAGUACACAUUGGUCGAAGGUGACGGACUGGUAGACAAUCUUGAGAAAAUAACUUACGACGUGAAGUUUGAGCAGUCAGCAGAUGGUGGUUCCAUCUCUAAGGUGACUAGCACAUACUACACUCUGGGAGAUUUCAAGCUCAAGGAAGAGGAAAUCAAGGCAGGCAAAGAGAAGGUCUUGGCUAUGUUCAAAGCUGUCGAAGCCUAUCUCAUUCAGAACCCUGAAGCCUAUGCUUAGAGGGUUGCUAUGUUAUGGGAUGCUGGUUUUCUCUCUGAGUCCUAAAUUUGUGUUUGGUUUGUGGCAGCAAUAAGUAUCUUCUGAUGUGCAAUAAUGUUGUUGGCUGUUUUUAUGGUUAAAUAGAUGGUAAUCUUGAAGUGUUUUCUGUACCGGUCUGCAUCUUCAUUUGUGAUUUGCUCGAAAAGU